GGUGAUGCCAUUUCAGUUUCUCAUAUUCGUAACAUAACGAACUGCUAUUGUCCUGAUAAGAAUUAAAGUUACUUCUACCUUGUCAAUACAUCCAGUCUUCAGCCUAUCAGACGUUAAAUUCAACCCAUUCGGCUUUGUUCCUGGAUUCACUGCUCAAUCGAAAACCAGUCCCCGAGAACGAUUCUGAGUAUCUCCGUUUUGGUCGCGUGCUAGCCAGUCAUACCUCCAUAUACCUAACACUUCGUCAAGUAUCAGAUCCUCGAAGUUCUCUACCAAAUGUGCGUUCUGUACUACACCAUGUAUAGCUGUUUCCCCAGCUGCGAGACGGGAACCAAACAGCCGUUGGAUCUAGAACGUUGCGGGCUCUUCCGCGACAUUGAAAAUCAAACAACAGACACCAACAGAUGUAGCGAAGCAAGGGGUCGAAAUGGUCAAAAGACUGCGUUUAAGAUGUUGAGACUUAGACAACGCUGCCCUACUUGUGUUGCAAAAGCAAUAGCAGCAAGAGUGGCAGAAAGAAAGGUGAGAGAAGAGAAAGAAAAGGAAGCGGAACGAAAUGGGGAGAGAGGGGAGGUUUUGAGACAGUUGAGAAUGGAGGAGGAUGAAGAGGAAGAGACUCCUAGAGUCAGUCAACACCAGUUCGCUGACGCCAACUUUCUUCUCAAAACUUCCACUCCUGGCAAGAAGUUGAUUUGGUUUCUUGAGCCAGAUGAGCUGGUAGCAGACAUAGAAGACGAAUUGAGAGAUGGAGCAAGUUUCCAAAAAAUUGUGGAAUCUAUGGCUAUGAAGGCAGAACUUUCUCUCAAAUGGCAGGAUCAAAACCCGCGCCGACUUACAGAUCCUAACAAUUCACUAUCCCCAAUAGCUGCCAUCACAGCUACCACAAAUAAUCAACAUAAAAAACUCCCAAUCCUCGAAGACGAUUCCACGACCCCACUGUCCCCCAUGUCUACACUCUUAAGCGACACAGCAUCUGGGGAAGGAUCUCCAAAAUUGCUUGGCGGCAGCGAAGGGAAUUUUGGCUUGGGCAUUUAUUUCUAAACACUUGAAAGUGUGGAGAUGAAAGGAACUGCAAACAUCCAAGCUUUUCAAGGUAGUGGGGGGUAAAAUGGCUUAGCGUCCAUCAGGGUGUUCCAUAGGAAGUCUGGAACUAGCAGUCUUAAUGUAAGUUUGAAUUAAGACAUUGGAAGCAUCUGAAUGUCAAACUGCAGCCCGGACCAUUGACAAUGGUAGGACACACCAUACUUAAGGAGAUGAGGGAGAAGUGUGGCAGAAUAUAAGUUGGUAGAUAAGAGAACUCGGGGUUGCAUAGCAAAACUCUAAGAGACA